CUGCAGCUAAACCCUUGGCAUAUUCCCCUUUGACACAAACCUUUUAGAACCAAUGUGCAUAGGCUUUGUUAUAUAUCUUGCACAUGCAAAAAGGAAAUUGUACAGAUUGAAAUCACUAUUUUUUUACCUACCAUGGCUACUACGUGACAAAGCUAUCCUACUCUAUAACUCUACUCUGGGUAUCUAAUGAUUUUAUCAUAUCCAUCUGCCGUUCAUCUUUACUCGCUACUUAUGAUGCUUUUUGUGAGCUUUUUUGCGCACUGACUCCUGAGUAGUUUGAAACUUUCUUUUUACCUUUAGCAGCCUUUGUAGUAGCAUCGAGCGUGUAAAAAAAUUUACUGCACUCGUAUUGCUCAAUUACUAAGCCCAUGAUCAGAGGGAUUUUUUCUUUAUGCACUUCCAAAUUUCAUAUCCCAUUUACAGACACAUGUCACGCAGAUAAAAGCGGUAGCUGAGGCUCUUCUCCUCCACUAAGAAAGGUAGAUAAUAGGAAGAACCAGAGCAAGCUCCCCGAUCUUCUCAAAAUCUCUCUCUCUCUCUCUCUCUCUCUCUCUCUCCAACUUUGGAGACAUCUUUCAACGUAAGAUAAUGGCUUCCACGACAGACAAGUCAAUCAAAAAAGAAGUUUCCAGAUUAGAAGCCAAGAAUAAGAUCUACACUAAGAAGGAAGUCAGCAAGGGAGCUUGGACGGUUGAGGAAGAUCGGAAACUGGCAGAGGUCAUUGAAAUCCAUGGUGCAAAAAGGUGGAAGAAACUUGCAGAUAAAUCAGGUCUGAAUCGAUGUGGUAAGAGUUGUAGACUGAGAUGGCUGAAUUACCUGAGACCCAACAUCAAGAGAGGGAAUAUAUCUGCCCAAGAAGAGGAUUUGAUUCUGAGGCUCCAUAAACUACUGGGAAACAGGUGGUCUCUGAUUGCCGGAAGAUUACCGGGACGAACAGAUAAUGAGAUAAAGAACUACUGGAAUUCUCAUUUGAGCAAGAAAAUAAAACAGGAGAAACAGAGAGGAGCUGCUACAGUAGAAGGCUGCAAUGCUCAGGAAAAUAAAGCGGAAGAGAAAGUCAAUGUAGAAAUGAGAGAGGAGGAAAAUUCAGCCGGAGGACUUGCAGACUCAGAAAAAAUCAAGUUUGAUGUAGAUGAGUUCUUUGAUUUCUCGAAUGAAAGUGCGUUGAAUUUAGAGUGGAUUAGCAAAUUCCUUGAACUGGAUCAAGACUUCAAUGAUAUUAUAUAAAUUCCAUAUAUAAGCUAUUUGUUUUCUCCCCAUGACCCAGUGAAGUUCAUGCUGAUCAUCAGAGAUGUAUGGAAUUUACUUAGUUGAUCGACUCUUUUUUUUUUUCCCUGUUGUUACCCU